AUGCCCAUCCGCAAAGGUUCAGGCGUCCCCGAUUAUCACGAAAUAGGAAAACGCCGCCCCAUCCCCCUCCAAUUCAACUCCCUCCCCUUCCGAGACCACAGCGGCAACACCGCAUACAUGGCCUUUUACUCCUACAGAAACUACCCCCUCUCGCGACUCUUUGUUUUUGCCAUCAACACACAUCCAGAUGCCUCUCCUGACCACGUCAACCAAAAAGGGCUAUUAAAUGCCCUAAUGAACGGUUCCACUCGCUUCCGCCUGGAACUAUUCUUCCUCCCCGGUGCCGACGAAGAGGACUGCAUGAAACACUAUCGCGGAGAGAAAGAGGUCCGCGGGGACUACCAUGCUCAAAUCACGAUUGUGGAGGAAAGCAAUCUAGAUCAAGACUUCAGCCCAGACUGCAGGCAGUUACUAGGCUUAGUGCCCAGCUAUACGGAAUGUGGCGAGCUGAACCAUUACCAUUCAAUGCUCUUCAUCUGUGAGGGGAAGAACUGGACAGAUGGAGAGCAGAUCAUGCGCAUGGUUGAGUUCGAUCCCGUCUCCGCGGAGGAGUGGGCACCGUUUCAGGAUCCAGAUGGGCCGACUAGGCCGGCAGAGAAAUGGGUUACCGUUUGGCCCAUCAACGAGAGCCCAUCAUAUAGGGAGGGCAACAGCUCGGUGCAGGGAGAGAUGCUGGAGAAUUGA